AUGUCCAAUCAAACAACUAGUAAGAGUGGUUUUCAAUUUGCAUCAAGUACAACAACAACAACAACCACUUCAGGCCAUUUCACCUCGGCUCUUCUUCCACCCAUUUUGAGAUACUUUGUGAAGGGUUCAUUCCGUCGAUAUGUCCACGAAAAGUGGAGCUUACUCUCAUGGCGAGAAUUCUUCAGAGAAUAUCGAUGGGAAAUUGUGACAGGAUUGUUUUCCUUGAUCGGAUCUGCAUUGAGUUUUGUAAAUUGGAAUUGGAUGACGAGCGGAAUUGCUGUUUCGUGGAGUAUAGAUUUCGAACAGGAUUCAAUUUCAUUUCAAGUGAAAAAGAGUUUUAAUGAUUUAUCGAGAGAUGAAGCUGUCCACACUCUGAGGAAGCUGAAUUAUGUGUCACACGAUGUGCCUAUCGGAUCCAAUAAUAUUCUCAUUCUCAAUGAUAGAGAAAUUGAAGUUACUUUAAGGAGACAAUCUCGCUCCCAACUUUCAAAUUUUAUCAAACAAAGAGACGAAGAAUUUAAGGACAAUAUGAAAAAGAGUGCCUAUGUUGCAGUUGCAGCGGUUUUAGUUAUCAAUUGGAUUCGUGAGAGAAGGAAAUAG